GUAACUCCAUAGACUGAAGGUUGUAACUGAUGGAAUGCGACUCGUGAUCAGAAAUGAGGCUUGGGCGCUUCAGUUGCACAGCCUACGCUAGAAGCUGUGAAUUGAACACGAGGAUAACACAUUUUAAACGCACUAGCUCAAACUUCCGGUGCGCUCUUGACCUAAACACUCAUUGUACCUCGGUGUCAAGAACUGAUAAUCGUCUUGAUUAUGACUUCACCCAGUGUUGCUAGUGUGGCACAAGAUACAUCAAUAAUAACCCCAUGCCAGAAAUUUGAGGGACACACCAGUCAGGUCUCCGGCGCCAUACAUCUGCCAGGUGGAAAGCGGAUAAUGACUUGCUCAGCGGACGGCUCGCUGCGGGUAUGGAACUUGAAGAUUGGGAAACAGAUAGGAGACGAGUGGAGGGACGGAGAAAGUGCAGUGUGGAGAAUAGCGUUGUCUCCGGACGGGAAGAAAGUGGUUGGCGGGAACUAUGAUGGUGCAUUGAGGUUGUGGGACAUCGACACAGGCAAAGUCAUCGCGAAAUGGAUGGGGCAUACAGGUGGAGUGAGUUCUGUCCGCUGGAGUCAAGAUAGUCAGCGAGUCUUGAGCGGAUCUUACGAUGGGACUGCAAGGGAGUGGGACGUAGAGAAGGGAGAGACAAUCCUCGGUCCAAUCAAGACUGGACACAGAAGUGUGUACACAGCCAUCUACUCGCCAGACAUGACCGCUUUUGCAACUGGUGGAGAACAGCCUUGGAAUAACACUGAAGAUGACAAGUCCCAAGUCAAAAUCUGGGACACGAAGACUGGCGGGCUUGUCGCUACUCUUGAAGGACACAAAGAAUCUGUGUUGUGCCUGGCUUGGACCCCAGAUGGAAAAAUGCUUAUCUCCGGGUCAGCCGAUAACUCGAUUAGGACAUGGAGUACAACAACCUGGAAACAGAUCGCAGUGCUUGAUGGGCACACCAGUAAUGUCUAUGACAUUGCAAUAUCUCCGAAUGGCCGCAUCCUCGCAAGCGCAUCAGGGGACAAGACAGCGCGAUUAUGGAACCUCGACAACAACCAGCCCAUCCGUUUGCCCCUCCAACAUGCAAACUGCGUGCUUCGUGUGUCGUUUUCGGCAGAUGGAAAGCUACUAGCCACUGGCUGUGACGACCAAAAUGCGUAUACAUGGGACAUUUCUACGAUAGUAAAAGAAGCUGGCCUCGACGAACUUCUGUUGGACCAGCGCGACAAGUUGGUACUCGCUGUACGUGACACUUUCAUAAACAGAUAUCAUUGCAUCUAAACCUAUCCCUUCUAGGCUGACGCUACACGGCGUCCGGUCCGUCAGCCAAUCAAGGUCUCCCCUCAUGUACCACAAGGGUUCUUCGACGGCAUACCAAGUCGUGCUCAUUCUUCUGCGCGACUUGAUCCCCAUGAUAUACCAUCACGACCCAGCAUUUUUCACUGGGUUCGAAGCCUUUUCUCUGACAAACCAAGUGAUGCAGAGAUGGAGCUGCAUGAGCAUCCCUCAGCAGACGUCGAUGUUCCAUAUGCCAAGGGCAAACGCGUA